AUGGGGACGCUGCAGACCUACAAUCACCUCAUCGGCAGCUGCGGUCGAGCGAGCCAUUGGUCCUUAGCCUUGACCUUCUUUGAGGAGCUGCAUUGGCGGCGCUUGCACGACGCGCGCAGUGUGGCGGGCAUCCUAGCAGCCUGCGAGAAGGGCCAUCAAUGGACCCUGGCGCUGCACUUGUUGAAGGCCUGGAUCCGGGACGCCGAUGUGGUGGCCUGGACGGCCACCAUCGGUGCCUGUGAGAAGGCCAGUGCAUGGGCCGUCGCUCUGGACCUCUUCCAGGAGUUGCGCCAGCGGCAGUUCCUCCACGGUGCAGAUGAGAUCCUGUACAACGCGGCGAUCAGCGCUUGUGCACAGGGCGAGCAAUGGCGCUUGGCCUUGAGCUUCCUCGAGGAGAUGUGUGAGUUGCAGAUCCACCUGUCCACCAUGAUCUACACCAGCGCCCUUCACGCCUGCGCCUCGCGCUGGACCGUGGCCCUGCAGCUCUUCGCGCGGCUGCGCGCGACGAGCCACGCGGAUCGCGUGGCCUUCGGCGCCAUGCUGAGCGCCUGCGACGGCGCUCACUGGCCGCUGGCGCUGCAGCUCUUAGACGAGAUCCAUGACGCCCAGCUGAAGCCCGAUGCCGUGUGUUACAGCGCCGCCAUCGCAGCCUGCGACCAAGGUCAGCAGUGGCAGCUGGCUUUGCAGCUGCUCAGGCAGUCGGAGCCCAACGUGGUGGCCUAUAGUGCAGCCGUCAGCGCAUGCAGGAAGAGCGGUCAGUGGCCAUGGGCCUUGCACCUCUUGCGCGAGAUGCGGCGUUUCGAGCUGGAGUCGAAUCUGGUGACCUAUAACGCGGCCAUCGGCGCAUGUGAGGAACACUGGCGCUUGAGUUUAGAUCUUCUAUCUGAGCUCGGGCAGGUGCAGCUGGAGGCAGAUCUACUGAGCGUCAGCAGCGCGCUCAAUGCCUUGAAGGGAUGGUCCAGGGCGCUGCAGCUGCUGCCAGAGACAGGAGACCCUAUCGCCUACAACCCGGUGAUCAGUGCGUGCUCACGUGCGCACAGGUGGUCCUUCAGCCUCCACGUGCUCCACGCCCUCCACCGCACGGCCACCGUCGCCAGCCUCGCCGCGGCCGCGGGCCACGGCGGCGGCGGUGCGGGGCCGGUGCUGCUGGGGCGCAUGGAGGGCCUCGGCUGCGAGUUACUCAAUGCCAUGCUGAAGCCUUAG